CCCACGCUGCCGCUGCUGCUGCUGCCGCUGCUGUGCUCAGGCCUCGCCGGACAGACUCUCUUCCAGAGUCCAGAAGAGGGCUGGCAACUGUACACCUCGGCCCAGGCCCCUGACGGCAAAUGCAUCUGCACAGCGGUGAUCCCGGCUCAGAGCACCUGCUCCCGCGAUGGUCGCAGCCGGGAGCUGCGGCAGCUGAUGGAGAAGGUCCAGAAUGUGUCGCAGUCCAUGGAGGUCCUUGAGUUACGGACGUUCCGCGACCUGCAGUACGUCCGCAGCAUGGAGACCCUCAUGCGCAGCCUGGACGCGAGGCUCCGGGCAGCCGAUGGGUCCGUCUCGGCCAAGAGCUUCCAGGAGCUGAAGGACAGGAUGACAGAGCUACUGCCCCUGAGCUCGGUCCUGGAGCAGUACAAAGCGGACACGCGGACCAUCGUGCGCCUGCGCGAGGAGGUGCGCAAUCUCUCGGGCAGCUUGGCGGCCAUCCAGGAGGAGAUGGGCGCCUACGGGUACGAGGACCUUCAGCAGCGCGUGAUGGCUCUGGAGGCCCGGCUCCAUGCCUGCGCCCAGAAACUGGGCUGCGGGAAGUUGACUGGUGUCAGUAACCCCAUCACUGUCCGGGCUAUGGGGUCCCGCUUUGGCUCGUGGAUGACUGACACGAUGGCUCCCAGUGCCGAUAGCCGGGUCUGGUACAUGGACGGCUAUUACAAGGGCCGGCGGGUGCUGGAGUUCCGCACUCUGGGCGAUUUCAUCAAAGGCCAGAACUUUAUCCAGCACCUGCUGCCCCAGCCAUGGGCGGGCACGGGCCACGUGGUGUACAAUGGCUCCCUGUUCUAUAACAAGUACCAGAGCAACGUGGUGGUCAAGUACCACUUCCGCUCGCGCUCCGUGCUGGUGCAGAGGAGUCUCCCUGGGGCUGGCUACAACAACACCUUCCCCUACUCCUGGGGUGGCUUCUCCGACAUGGACUUCAUGGUGGACGAGAGCGGGCUCUGGGCCGUGUAUACCACCAACCAGAACGCGGGCAACAUUGUGGUCAGCCGGCUGGACCCGCACACCCUGGAGGUCAUGCGGUCCUGGGACACUGGCUACCCCAAGCGCAGUGCUGGGGAGGCCUUCAUGAUCUGUGGCGUGCUCUAUGUGACCAACUCCCACCUGGCCGGGGCCAAGGUCUACUUCGCCUACUUCACCAACACGUCCAGUUAUGAGUACACGGACGUCCCCUUCCACAACCAGUACUCCCACAUCUCCAUGCUGGAUUACAACCCCCGGGAGCGGGCCCUGUACACCUGGAACAAUGGCCACCAGGUGCUCUACAAUGUCACUCUCUUCCAUGUCAUCAGCACCGCUGGGGAUCCCUAGGUGCCUCCGCGGCUCAGGCUGCCCCACGUGGGCUGCUGGGGCCCUUCCCACUCUGCCUGUGUCCCUUCAAGUUUCUGUCUCUGUGGUGCCCUCUCCCCACCUUUCUGCACACCCAGCUUUCAUUCUCUGCCCUGAAUUCCUAUCAAUGCCUCUUCUCCAUUUUCUCUUCUCCUUUAUUGAUCUCUGCUUUUGAUACUCCACUUCUUGGUCUUUCUGCCUUUUAUUGAUGUCCCUCCGUCUCUUUCUUUUCAUUGAUCUGACCCUCCAGUUCUCUUUCUGUCUCUCUUUCUCCCCCUCCCCUCCUGCUCUUUGCCCCUCUCCUGCUCUUCAUCCUCACUCCCAACCCCCAGCCCCUGGAGUUGAGUGCAUGGAUCUUUUUUUUUUAAUUUACACUUUUUUCUUUCUGGGUUGCUGGAAUAAACGGGACCUUUGACAUUUGA